AUGAGUGUGAUCGACAUUUUAACUCGAGUCGACUCGAUCUGCAAGAAAUACGACAAAUACGACGUCGACAAGCAGAAAGACCAAAAUGUCUCCGGUGACGACGCCUUCGCUCGUCUAUACUCCGCCGUCGAAGACGAAAUCGAUGCCGCUCUUCAGAAAGCUGAGGCAGCCUCUAAGGAGAAGAAUAGGGCAUCUGUAGUGGCGAUUAAUGCGGAGAUUCGUCGCACCAAGGCCAGGUUGGUAGAGGAGGUCCCUAAAUUGCAGAGAUUGGCCAUGAAAAAGGUUUCAUUCCUUCCAAUUCCUAUUGAUAUUCAUUUGAAGCAACCAGAAAUGAGUGUGAUCGACAUUUUAACUCGAGUCGACUCGAUCUGCAAGAAAUACGACAAAUACGACGUCGACAAGCAGAAAGACCAAAAUGUCUCCGGUGACGACGCCUUCGCUCGUCUAUACUCCGCCGUCGAAGACGAAAUCGAUGCCGCUCUUCAGAAAGCUGAGGCAGCCUCUAAGGAGAAGAAUAGGGCAUCUGUAGUGGCGAUUAAUGCGGAGAUUCGUCGCACCAAGGCCAGGUUGGUAGAGGAGGUCCCUAAAUUGCAGAGAUUGGCCAUGAAAAAGGUCAAAGGGCUUUCGACAGAAGAAUUUGCUGCCCGCAAUGAUUUGGUUCUUGCACUACCUGAUAGGAUUCAAGCCAUACCAGAUGGGACUGCAGGUGCACCUAAACAAACUGGAGGCUGGACAGCUUCAGCUUCUCGUACAGAAAUCAAGUUCGAUUCAGAUGGACGGUUUGAUGAUGAAUAUUUCCAGCAAACCGAAGAGUCAAGUCAAUUUAGGCAAGAGUAUGAGAUGCGGAAAAUGAAACAGGCAUGUGACCAAGGUUUGGAUGUCAUAGCAGAAGGUUUGGAUACAUUGAAAAACAUGGCCCAUGAUAUGAACGAGGAAUUGGAUAGGCAAGUUCCUUUGAUGGAUGAGAUUGACACUAAGGUCAGAGAAUUUAACUUGUCCUCGUAAUGUGUUUUGGAACACCAUUUCAUACAUGGAAGGGUAAAUAGCAAAAUAAUCGAAGAAGCAUUCUGAUCUUGUCUUGUGUUUUUUUGGGUGGGUUGUGAUCUUCUUCAUGGUCAGGUUGGCUUUAGUUUUUAAUCUCACUUUUGAAUCUUUUCAAAGUUUCUCAUAACACAGUCAACUUCCAUGCUUGUUUCGGUGUUCAUUUUGUUUCCGUUUUUAUUUGCAGUGUAUUGAAGUAAAAUGGUAAAA